UCUCAGACAACCUUAACUUCAAACAUACAGCAUGAACAAGUUAGUAUUCUCGUUUCUUGCUGUAUGUUUUGUUGUUUUUGUCCAUGACACCAUAGCCGGUGAAGUCAACGGUCGGAAUCUUAAAGACAUAAUAUCUAGGGUAUCCAUCCCGGCCCAUAAAUAUGAACAACCGUAUCGAACCGGGUACCAUUUUCAACCACCAAGCAACUGGAUGAAUGAUCCCAAUGGACCGUUGUUAUACAAAGGAGUAUAUCAUAUCUUCUACCAAUACAAUCCCUACGCGGCCACUUUUGGCACGAUCGUGUGGGGUCAUGCCGUGUCAUACGACCUGGUCAACUGGAUCCAUCUGGACCCGGCGAUUUACCCGAGCCACGAAGCUGACAUAAACAGUUGUUGGUCAGGAUCCGCCACAAUCCUUCCGGGAAACGUUCCGGUGAUGCUAUACACCGGAAGCGAUUCCCAGUCCCGCCAGGUGCAAGACCUGGCGUGGCCGAAAAACCUCUCCGACCCAUUCCUCCGCGAAUGGGUCAAAUACACCGGAAACCCAAUCUUAACCGCACCCGAAGGUGUCAAAGACGACUGUUUCCGCGACCCCAGCACCGCGUGGCGCGGCCACGACGGCGUGUGGCGCAUGGUUGUCGGCGGUGACCGCGACAACAACGGUAUGGCGUUUAUGUACUCCAGUACCGAUUUCAUAAACUGGACACGUUACGAAUACCCGCUUGCUGAAGCGGACGCCACCGGAACGUGGGAAUGCCCCGACUUUUUUCCGGUGGCGAUGAACGGUACCAACGGAGUUGAUACGUCCGUGUAUAAUGGUAAUGUGAAACAUGUAAUGAAAACAGGAUUUGAAGGGAUUGAUUGGUAUUCAAUAGGGACUUAUACUCCUGAUUUUAAGAACUUUUUGCCGCAAAAUGGGUUGAGUUUAACCGGAAGCAUAAUGGAUUUGAGGUAUGAUUAUGGACGGUUUUAUGCUUCUAAAUCGUUCUUUGAUGAUGUGAAGAACAGAAGGGUUUUGUGGGCAUGGGUUCCUGAAUAUGAUUCUCAACAAGAUGAUAUUGAAAAGGGAUGGGCUGGCCUUCAGUCGUUUCCGAGGGCCGUCUGGUUGGACGGAAGUGGGAGGCAGCUGAUCCAAUGGCCUGUGGAGGAGAUUGAAUCACUUCGUGAAAAUGAAGUGAGGCUUGAAAACAAGAAGCUUGCAUCUCAUUCUGUUUUUGAAAUUGAAGGCGUUACUGCUGCUCAGGCGGAUGUUAUAAUCUCAUUCAAAUUGGAAAAUUUGAAAGAAGCUGAGGUGGUGGAUACGAGUUCGGUUAAUCCACAAACACUUUGUACCGAAAGGGAUGCGUCUAGUGUGGGCGCGUUAGGGCCUUUUGGCUUGUUGGCUAUGGCAUCUAACGAUUUGAAUGAGCAAACCGCGAUCUUCUUUAGGGUUUUCCAAAACCAAAAUGGAAAAUACUCGGUGCUCAUGUGUAGCGAUCUUAGCAGGUCUACUGUUAGAAAUAGCAUUGACACAACAAGUUUUGGUACAUUUGUUGACAUAGAUCCUCGAUACAGUGAGAUCUCACUCAGAAACUUGAUUGACCAUUCGAUUAUCGAGAGUUUUGGAGCAGAGGGCAAGGCAUGUAUCACAAGUCGGAUUUACCCGAAGUUUGUUAACUAUGAAGAUGCUCAUCUCUUUGCAUUCAACAAUGGGACUCAAAGCGUCAACAUUUCACAAAUGAGAGCUUGGAGUAUGAAAAAUGCAGAAUUUGUUAUGGAUAAGAGCGUGAAAAAUGCAAAAAUAGAGCUUAAAAUGUUAGAGACUUCGUCAUUUAAGAUAGAUAAUUGGGAUGGGAAGCCAAAAGAGAUGGUUUAUUAGUUCUUUUGGAAAGACCAUUCUUUGUUUUGUUGCCUUGUUCAUACUACAAACGUUUUGGAGUUUGUGGCCAUUUUUAUGCAUUUUUUUGGCUAUCAAGAUGUGACAAUUUGUGCAAAAGCACAUGAUGUCAUUGUAGCAAAUUAUUGUGUCACUAAUGUAAUGGCAAUAUUUGAGUAAUCAUUUUCUUUUGUUU